CCCCUUCAGCACAAAGGACUGGACGAACAUGAUCAACUUGAGCCUUUGGACGAGGAGAAUUUGGAUCCAGAAUCAUUCGAUCUGGUGGCGCCGGCUGAGAAAGUAAUCAAGCAAUACUCUUUGGAAACGAGAUCAGAACUCCUCUUUUCAACUGAACAUCUCAAAGAAAUCUUCAGAGACCCAGACUUUCUGCUGCAAUUCAUGGGCUUUAUGAACACUUAUAGGCAAGCUUCUUGUUCGAUUUUGAUCUACUACAUGGAUGCGGUCAAGGCGCUGAAAGCCAUCAACUAUUCGAAUGCAAUUGCGGAAUCACUGGAACCAAUAUCAGGUUUUGACUUCACGGUGACCAGUGUGACGAAAACUGAUAAUACGGAAUUGGAGGAGAAAGCCAGACUAGCAUUUGAUGCUCUGGUCAGAGAAGAUCUUCCAGCUUAUAUCACACAUUCCUAUAUACAAACUGUGAGCUUGUCAAUCCAGCGGAGGAUCACUGGAACUUUGCCGUCGCACUUGAGGGAAGCGUCCGAAGGUCUAGCAGAAGUCUUUUGUUUAACAGAUCCUUCGAGGCCCGACAAUCCAAUUGUCUUUGCAUCCGAAGAAUUUCACAGAACUACACAAUACGGAAUGUCCUAUGUGCUUGGCCGUAAUUGCCGAUUUCUUCAAGGCCCAAAAACGAAUCCGUUCAGUGUCAGAAGAAUUCGCGAGAAGAUCGAAGCGGGUCAAGAGCACUGUGAAGUCAUUCUUAACUAUCGGCGAGAUGGAUCUCCAUUCAUGAACCUCCUGAUGUGUGCACCGCUUUGCGACAGUCGCGGCACGAUCAGAUACUUCAUCGGAGCCCAAGUUGACGUUUCUGGCUUGGUAAAGGAAUGCUCGGGUAUGGACUCGUUGAGAUGUCUGGCAAAUAAGUCAGAACCUUCGGAAACCCCAGAGAAUGGAAAAGUGAGGGAGGAGGAGCUACCUAGAGAUGAGCUCCAAGAUCUCAGCCAAAUGUUCAACCUCGAAGAACUCGAUACUGUCCGCCGGUGGGGGGGAAGAAUGCGGAAGGAAAAUCAGGAUGAAGCUAAGUAUGGCAACUACAUCGACGGAAACUGGAGCAAGCCUCGCGUGCUCAUCAGCUCCGGGAGUCCUGAUGCUAACACCGAGUAUGGUGGUCUGAGCCACGGCGCUGGCCGAUUAAGUGGCAUCUAUGAGAACUACCUCCUUGUUCGCCCCUGUCCCAGCCUUCGGAUCCUCUUCGCCAGCCCCAGUCUUCGUAUUCCCGGCAUCUUGCAGAGCCCUUUCAUGGCUAAGAUCCGCGGGUCAAAUCGCGUUCGUGAGGGAUUGAUACAAGCGCUGGCUGAUGGUCGUGGUGUUACAGCCAAGGUCAAAUGGGCCUCAAAGACGGACUUGGAAGGAAGAAAUAGAUGGAUUCAUUGCACACCUCUCAUUGGGAGCAACGGAGCCAUAGGUGUCUGGAUGGUCGUUAUCGUCGACGACGAAGCAUCAGUACUACCUUCCAGACGAUUCAAGAUGGCACCACCUGUUGACCCAAAGUUUGGGCAAAGCAUACCCACGUAUCAGCAAAAUGAAGCAGGCAGCCUGCAUGAUUGCGCCUUGAUAAACGGUGAUAGAGAUGCAAGUGUGAAAGGCGGACGGAGCAGCACAGGAAGCCACGAUGAGAUGGAUGGGAGUGGAAGUCCUUACAGUUUGAGGAUUGAAUAA